AUUAUUCGCUUUUGUGUUUGUUAGAGGGUGGUCCAAAUUUUUUACUUUACCUUUCUAUAACAAAUUAUAUAUAGUGUUUCAAACUAAUUUAAUAAUAAUUUCAGAUGAAAUUAAGAAUAAAGAUCCUAAUUACCCUCUUGUCGAUAGCCUUCUUCUUCAUUUUGUUGAAUAAAGACAACACUAUAUUGGGUAAACUUAGAUUGGAUGGACCUCGAGGCGUGAUAAGGGGUUAUGUCAAAAGUGUUGUUAGUGCGAAGGUGAAGCAGUUAUGUGUGGUUUCAAAUGCCACAACACAAAAUAACGAAACAUACAUCAUCGACAAGAUAGAAGAUGAUGUUCCUUCUAUCACCAUAGUGACGAUGUUUCUAAAACUGGGGACUUUAAAGAAGAAUUCCGGCAUACGGACAUUAACUAAAUACAAGCAAUGGAUGACAACGUGGUGCUGGCUGAAAAAUCCAGUUGUGGCGUUUUUCGAAGAUGAGGACAUUUUACAAUAUUUUAAGAAAAUCCGCUCCCAUCAACCCGACGACAGAACUGUGAUUGUGAAAAUCUCCAGGUCUCAGCUGGGCGCCUUCAAAAACCUAGAGAGGAUCCAACAAGUCUACAAGAACAGCUCGUACUCCAACCUACCUCCCACGAUGAUCGACGCUAACUACAGCUGCACCAUGAGUGCUAAAUACGACGCCCUCAUCUUGGCAAUGGCCCUCAAGCUGGUACAGACUAAGUAUCUGGCGUGGAUGGACAUUGGUCUUUUUAGAAACCUCCUUGAAGACAGAAUGGGGCAUAGGAACAAGAACUUCACAUUGGAGAUCCCUCCAGAUUUCAACAACAGUAGAGUGGGUUUUACCGAGGUGGCUCCCAGACAUACAAUGGAGAAGCUCAGCCCGUGGGACUACAUCAAAAAUAGCUACGUGUGGUUAGCUGGUGGUUACGUCAUGGGUACUCAUCAGGUAAUAAGAACAUUCGUCAAAUCCUACAAAUCUACAGUACAAGAGUUGCUCAAAGCCAACAUGUCCAGUACAGACGAGCAAAUCAUCGGAGCGAUGUACUGA